AUGCGGAGGCCGCGAGAGACAGAUGGCAGCAACAGCAGCGACGACGAGCAACGCGCCGCCGUUGCCGCACGGUUGGAGACUCCUGGCGAUGUGCACCCGACUCGGCUCAAUCCCUUCACGGGGCAGCCCUUUUCGCCGCGCUACUACGAGAUUCUUGCCCACCGCAUCACACUUCCGGUGUACGAGAAGGCGGAGUUGCUCAAGCAGCACGUGCGUGACCACCAGGUUGUCCUCCUUGUGGGUGAGACAGGGAGUGGUAAGACCACGCAGGUGCCGCAUUUCAUUGCGGAGAUGGAGUUGCCAGGGCUCAUCGCGUGCACCCAACCGCGGAGAAUUGCCGCGACAUCGGUGGCGUCGCGCGUUGCGUCCGAGAUGGAUGUGCGGCUCGGUGAGGAGGUGGGCUACCACGUCCGGUUCCAGUCCAUGAUGUGUGAGAAGACAAAGGUACUGUAUAUGACGGAUGGUAUGCUCCUACGGGAGGCAUUCUCUGAUCACAACUUGUCGCGCUUCAGUGUGAUUGUGGUGGAUGAGGCACAUGAGCGUACCAUAGACACGGAUGUGCUGCUUGGCGUCCUAAGGCUUCUUAUGGAACGACGCCCCGAGUUUCGCGUCGUCGUGAUGUCGGCAACGCUUGACAUGCAAAAGUUUCAAUCCUACUUUCCUCGAGCGCCAUUGAUAAAGGUAACUGGUCGCAUGUACGAUGUGCAGGUGCAGUACGCUACGCAGCCCGUAACGGACUAUGUAGAAGCCUGCGUUGAGUGUGUGUGCGCCCUGCAUAUGACUGAAUCAGCAGGGGAUAUCCUGUGCUUUCUCACGGGUGAAGCGGAGAUUGAAAAGGCGGUGCAGCGAACAAAAAUGAAGCUUGACCAGUUUGUGGCACAUGAUAGGGAGACGGAGGACGGCGAUCACGAGAAUAAAAACAAUAACAACAAGGAUGAUAAACAGCAGGAGCAGCAAGGAGGGACCAUGCUGUUGCGGGUGUUGCCACUGUACGGCUCACUGAGUAUGGAGGAUCAGAAGCGCGUAUUUGUACCCCCCGGUAAUCACACAAGGAAGGUAAUAUUCGCCACAAACAUUGCGGAAACUUCUCUAACUAUUGAUGGCAUCGUUUAUGUGAUCGACUGUGGGUAUCACAAGCAGAGCCUGUACAAUUCGGAAGUUCGCGUUGACUAUCUGCUGCCAGCGCUCAUUAGCAAGGCCUCAGCGGAGCAGCGUAAAGGACGUGCUGGACGAACGCAAGUGGGAAAGUGCUUCCGCAUGUAUCGACCGCAAGACUUUGCUACCUUUCCAGAUCAGACGUACCCUGAGGUACUGCGCUCUAGUAUGGUUAAUACCGUGCUGUUACUUCUCAAGCUUGAAGUGGAAAACCCGUACCAGUUCGCCUUUAUUGAUCCCCCGUCCCAGGAAAGUAUUAUGGAUGCCUACUACCAGUUGAGCUUUUUUGGUGCUGUGGAUGAGGACUUGCGCCUAACCAGUUUUGGAAAGAUGAUGGCAGAAUUUCCGGUGGAUGCUUGUCUAGCUCGUAUGCUACUGCGUUCAGAGGAACAUCGCUGUGGAGCCGAUGCGGCAGUUAUUGCCUCCAUGCUGGAGGCCGGGAAUGUCUUUGUGCGUCCACCAUCGCGUGGCAACGAGGCGGAUCAGCAGCACCUUAUUUUUCACCAUCCAGAUGGUGACCAUUUGACGCUUUUUAAUGUGUUUCAUGCCUUUUGGAGUAGUGGCCAAUCCCCACGGUACUGCUUUGAGCACUUUCUUCGGUUCCAGGCCUUGUCACAAGCUGUUCGCGUGUACACACAACUGACAAGCCUCAUGAAAAAAAAAGGCAUUCCUGUUGUCUCCACCUAUGAUAACACCACUAAAUCUCUGAAUUCGGUGGCGCUACGAAAGGCUGUACUGGAAGGCUUUUUUACUCAGGUCGCGUACAAGCCGCCUUCCUCAGAGCGGUACAAAACGGUGAAAGACUCACAGUGGGUGAUGCUUCACCGCCAGUCGGUGCUGUCGAGGAAGAAGCGUCCGUCGUGGAUUGUGUACGACCGCCUUGAGGUCCAGGGGAAGGAGGGUACAUUUAUCCGCGUGUCAUCAACGAUCGAGCCAGAGUGGCUGUUAGUGGUCAGCGACUUUUUCACAGACUCUGCAGAACUCGGCGACGGCGAAAUAUGCCACAUCCUGCAGAAUCUAAAGGGGAAUACUGUAUCGCCUGAGUCUUUCCCUCCCAAGUAA